GCAAUUUUGUCGACGGAGGACGACGGCCGCUAGAGAAUAGUGCAUUUUAACGGGACCCUCUUUCCAUGACUCGGCUCGCCCGGUUCUAUAAUUCAUCAUGUUUUGGCGUUUCGGAGGAUAUGCGAGUAUCUCCAGCAUCGAUACCCUGCUAGACAAACCCGAUGUCAGCCUGGAGGAGCUGUUGGAUGAGUCGGAACUCAUCCAGGAGCUCAAGCAAAAUAAUACGAAGCUCAUAGAAUACUUACGAGAGGAUAAUGUCUUGAAACGGCUUAUGGACUACGUGAUCGCCCCGUCGCUGGUGACUGACGACGACGACGAAGACGACGAUGAGAAUGACAGCAAUGCCACAGAGUCGAACAAAGAUGCAUCGGCAGCGAAGGCGAAACGCCAAGACCCACUCAGAGAUAUGCUAGACCCCGAAGAUCUGGAGCGGGCAGAGAAGGAUCGGUUGAAAAGGGCUUAUGUCGCGUGUGAGAUCUUGUCGUCCGAGAUUUGGUCAAUCGUGGAGUCGGUCAUGUUGAACCCUGAUCACUUGAAGCACUUCUGGGGCUUUCUCAAGCGUCCCUCGCCAUUGGACUCUGUGCAGGCGAGUUAUUUUACAAAGGUCAACGAGACACUAUUUGACAAGAAAACGACUGAAAUGUUGGACCUGCUAAAGUCCAUGGAUGGCGUGGUUCCGGCCAUACUCCAACAUGUUGACAACCCUAUGGUUAUGGAUCUCUUGUUGAAGAUCAUCAGCUUGGAGAAGGUUGAAGGUGGCCAAGGCAUUGUUGACUGGCUGAGGUCUCAGAACCUAAUUCCGACCCUGCUAUCGUUCUUGUCGCCAGAGUAUCCUGCAUCCGUCCAAACCUCGGCAGGCGAUUUCUUGAAAGCAAUCAUCACCAUCUCGGCAAACGCAACUCAGAAUGACCAGUCUUGCAUCGGCCCCAACAGUCUCACGCGGCAAUUGGUAUCCGCAACCUGUAUAGAGACUCUAAUCAAAUCCAUGCUAAAAGGUGGAAAUCCGCUGACCGUGGGUGUCGGCAUUGUCAUCGAAGUCAUUCGAAAGAACAAUUCCGACUAUGACCCGGAGAACAUCAACGGGCCGGACUCACCCCCCACCGUCUAUGACCCGAUCUAUCUCGGUAACCUGCUUCGACUUUUUGCCAAGCACAUACCGGAUUUCCUGGCAUUGAUCAAAAGCUCCAAGCACACAGUCAACGAUGCUGGAAAGGUCAAGACCGUUGAACGGGGGAAGCUGAACUCGGCAUGGGGCGCUAAAAUUGAGCCUCUGGGCUUCGACAGAUUCAAAACUUGCGAGUUGAUGGCGGAAUUGCUGCACUGCAGUAACAUGGGUCUGCUGAACGAGCCAGGCAGCGAUGAGUAUGUUCGACAGCGCGAUGCAGAGCGCGAAAGGCUUAUGCGUGAGGGUGCAUUCAGCACACACCGAGAAGAGACGUCUGCUUUCGAUGGAAAUGACUCCACUGUGGACUUCGUAAACGGAUCUGUCAUCGGGUAUGGGUCACCAGAAGGCUCAAGAGUUCUUGAAGUUGCGAAUACUUGCGAGGAGAGCUUUGAAGACGUCAGCGCAUCCGGUGUCCUUGUUGAUAAUGAGAAAGAUGCGGGUGUCAGAGAGGCAAGCAAUCUCAGCCCCAAGGCCGAGCCUGCCGCUGUUGCGCAAGGCUCUGACCCUACGAGUGCGACAGACUCGACUGCGAACGAGGCGGCAGGAAGCAAGGCAGAGGAUUCUGCAGGGCUGCCUACCGAAGUUUCCGAUACCACCUCUGGCUUGGCAGCUCAGAUUGAAGAGGUCAGCCUCGACGGUCGCCAAACUGCCGAGCUGCAUGAGUCGUCGGCUGAGAGCACUAUCGAGCCAGUCAGCCAGUCACCGUCCGUCUCUGAAGUAGUGACAGCCCCCGAUCAAAAAAACAAGCCACCCAGCUCCUCCACGCCUGAUACUGCUGGCCAGGUCGGCGAUACUUCUUCCCCUUCCCUGCAGCAACUGCAUCCUGAUAUCCAAGUUGAUUCGAAUGGGCAGCCUGUGGUUGGUGAUUAUCUCAAGCUUAUGUUCGUACAACAUCAGGUCGUUCCUACCAUUCUGGAUUUCUUCUUCCGGUUUCCUUGGAAUAACUUCCUUCAUAAUGUUGUCUACGACGUAGUACAGCAGGUCUUCAAUGGCCCUAUGGAUCGUGGAUACAACCGAAUGCUAGCUGUCGAUGUGUUUGAGACGGGCCAGAUAACUCAGAGCAUUGUCGAUGGGCAGAAGAGAAGCGACGAAACUCAGCGUACCAAACAGAUCAGGUUGGGCUACAUGGGUCACCUCACGCUGAUCGCUGAGGAGGUCGUCAAGUUCAGCGAGCGCCACCCACCGGAGCUGCUUUCACCGACUGUUCUGGAAAGUGUCCUCAAUCCCGAUUGGAUCGAUUAUGUCGAGCAAACACUAUCGGAGACAAGGGAACGCGACAACGCGAUUCUCGGCGGCGUACGACCUGACAUGUCUAUCGGUCAUCGUCAAGGUAUGGUCAACUCAGGUCAGAGCGCAAAUGCUUCGUCGGCUCUCGCGGAUGCAGGGCUGAACGGGUCCGCGGGAAACUCUGGCUUCCAGGGCUUCGACAUGAUGAACCAAGGAAGCGUCUCGGGCGGAGCGUUUGGACUUGGCGGAAAUUCUCUUCUGAGCGGUUUCGCCAGCUCGAGCGAUGAUGAGGACGAGGAGAUGGAGGACCAAGAUGACAGACACCUGGCCGAUCAAGCCGCCGAAAGUGGCUCAGAGAAUGUGGGUGAUCACGAUUUCACAGACAUCGAUAUGCGCGAUGCUUGAAUGCCAAUGGCCGAAACCACCUUCAUUCAUCAACCCAAUCUAUACGGUUUAUCUAUACCUCGUUCGCAGCUCAAAUUCUUACCAUGCUCUUAACGGUUCUGUUUUCGAUCCGGACGACUGGAUGUUUUGGCACUUGAUGGAUGACGGGAGUGGUACGGGCUGUGAAGGGCCUCGUACAAAGUGUUGGACUGGCAGCGCUUCUCA